AUUUGCCAAAAUGCAAUGUCCCAGAACAUAUUUCUAUAUGUAUGCAUUGUUCAUUUCGUUUACGUAAAGCAACGUAAGAAUAUGGGCAAGUGGUUUGCUUUGAGGGCAAAAAUGUCAUUAUACUAUUUGUUAUUAUUGUGGGGUUGUGCAACUCCAAGGGAGUGCUGGGGUUGGUCAUCACCACCUAAAGCAAGAGGAGGAGGAGGAGGAGAGCCACAAGUGCCAUGCUUCUUCAUAUUUGGGGACUCUUUGGUUGACAAUGGCAACAACAAUGGCAUCCUCACUCUUGCAAGGGCUAAUUACUUGCCCUAUGGUAUCGAUUUCCCCUCCGGUUCCACGGGCCGCUUCACCAACGGCCGUACUUUCGUCGAUAUUCUAGCUCAACUGUUGGGGUUUGAAAGUUACAUUCCACCACUGGCGAGAGUUCGAGGGUGGGAUUUAGUUAGAGGUGUGAAUUAUGCGUCAGGCGCGGCGGGCAUUCGAGAUGAAACCGGCAACAAUUUGGAAUUGAAUACGUGACUCGCAAGAAUUCUCCCUCUUCUAAACAAAUUGUAACCACACUUUUUUACUUUUCCACACAUUUCUCAUACUCCGUAGAAUCAUGUAGUGAAGUUACUUACAUAUCCCCUAAUCUUAUCCAUACAUAUUCAAUAUCAAUAUCACAAUUCAACUUUCCUUCUUUCAAAACAUCUCAACCUGGGCAAUUCUUCUUUUUGUUGUUUAGGGAGAUCACAUGGCAAUGAACCAACAAGUAGAGAACUUUGCGAGAACGGUGUUGGAGUUGAGGAGGUUUUUCAGAGAAGAUAACAACACACUAAAUGCAUAUCUAAGCAAAUGCAUUUUCUACUCUGGAAUGGGAAGCAAUGACUACCUCAACAACUACUUCAUGACUGACUUCUACUCCACUCACUCUCACUUCACCCCUCAGGCCUUUGCUGCUUCUCUCCUCAAUGACUAUUCGCGGCAGUUAUCGGAAAUAUAUGCAUAUGGGGCUC